AUGGCGGCAAUUGCCUCCCUUCAGCCCCCUGCUAUGGUGCCUAAUGCCCCACCCGAUUCAGCGGUUUCGAAGUCAUGCGAUGUUUCUGAAUUAGUCGAGGUUCAGGAGCUUCGCGGGCAUGACGAUCGCGUGUGGAGCGUCUCAUGGUCGCCAGACGGAGCUCUUCUGGCUUCCUGCAGCGGCGACCGUUGUGUCCGUAUUUGGGGUCGAGAAGCCGGACCGUCGUCCUCAUUCAUUUGCAAGGCCAUUUUGGAAGACACGCACUCCAGGACCAUUAGAUCCUGCGAGUGGUCACCAGACGGAAGGUUCCUCGCAACAGCCAGCUUCGACAACACGGUGGCUGUUUGGGAAAGGACUGGGUCCAACGAUGCUGACUUUGAGUGUCUCGCUGUUCUCGAGGGCCACGAGAGUGAGGUGAAGUCCGUGGCAUGGAACGCCACCAGCUCCCUGCUAGCCACCUGCAGCCGGGACAAGAGCGUGUGGAUCUGGGAGGUGCCAGGUGGCAGCAGCGGAGUGGCUGGACGGAUCGGUGUGGGCCCGGCGACUGACUUUGACUGUGUGGCAGUGCUGCAUGGGCACACACAGGACGUGAAGAUGGUGCGCUGGCACCCCACGCAUGACUGGCUCGUGUCUGCCAGCUAUGAUGACAGCAUCAAGGUCUGGGCUGCAGAGGUGGAGGGUGAAGACGAUUGGUCAUGCGUGCAGACGCUUGAUGCUGCAAAUGGGGCAGGGCACUCGUCCACAGUCUGGGCUAUCUCCUUUGAUGCUACAGGACACUACAUGGCAUCCUGCAGUGACGAUCUGACCGUCAAAAUCUGGGAUACAAGCCGGGAGCCAUCUGAUGUGCGGACCUCAGAAGGGAGUUCAGGGAGCAAGCCUUCAGCAAAGGGAUGGUCGCAUGUGUGUACACUUUCGGGCUUCCACGACCGCACCAUCUUCCAUGUUGACUGGUCGAUGGUUCAUGGGUUGAUUGCCACAGCAGCAGGAGAUGACUGCAUACGAGUCUUUUCUUUCUCAGGUCUCCCUCGCUCAGAGCCCGAUGGUGACAGAACCACCUCCGAUGCUGCCAACAGAGAGGGGAGUGGCGAGGAGGCAGGGGAGGCAGGGGUUGCAGGGGUGCUAGGGACAGCAGGGUUGGGAGAAGAGGCAGGAAGCAGGGCCCAGCUGCUGAUCCGAAAGGCGCAUGCACAUGGCACAGAUGUGAACUGCGUGAGAUGGAACCCCAAGAAUCCUCGCCUGCUGGCAUCAGGGGGAGAUGAUGAGAUGGUGAAGAUUUGGGAGCUUAGAGGUCUGCCAGGCAGUGCAUAG